AAAGUCCGAACGUUGGCAACGCCUCGAAUUGGAUUGUUAUUUUUUGAGUUUAUCAGUAAACAAACCUUGUCCUGGACUAUAAAUUGUGUUGCCAGUUUGUUAUUAGUGCUCUAAUUAUGAUUUCGUGUCGAUUAUGUGUGUUAAUCAAAGAGCAUUGCAAUUUUGUUUUUGAUUUUUUGAGAAAUUGGGGUUAUUGUUGAUAUUAUGUUGGUAGUAGACUGGAAUCGAUCCAAUUUUUUUGUGAUAGAAGAGGAUAAGCGAUUUUUGACAGUUCGAAGCGCACUUUUUGUAUAUUUUUUUAAGCAACCUAUCGAGUUCUUGGCUGUAUAGCUUUUUUUGUACUUCUAUUCUGGACCAAGUUAUAAUGUUUGCGUGGUUUACGUUUUUGCUCCGUAUUUUCUAACAAUUAAGAUACGGUAUUGAACAUGGAAAAUGCUCAAGAAAGGGAUUUUCACAGAAGUUUGGAGCCUGACGUGAUCAUUAAUCAUGAACUCAGUGAAGAUGAAGAAGAAGUUACGUGCAUAAAGAGCAAGGACGUCCACUCUUCAAUCAACGGACAUCCCAAAACGGUGCAACCAGACAUAUCCAUAAUUCCCUUAAAUAAAAAACCCCAAAUCAAAAUAAAACUCUUCAAAAAGGAGUAUUCCCCCUCAAAGGACGACACGAAAGUACAAAGCAUCUCUCGAUCUCCUCGUCAAACGGUAAGACUGGUAUCAAAAGACGAAGCAGAACGUGCUGGCGACACGUACACUCGACGCAAAUCUCUCCCUCUAGAAAAAUGUCACAUUUGCAAAAAAUUCUUCCGUCGAAUGAAAACGCAUUUACUAAAACACGAACAAACCAAUCGAAACCCAAACGAUCCGCUCACUUGUACGUUUUGCAUGAAGGGUUUCAACACUCAGAGCAACUUACUCAUCCAUAUGAGGACUCAUACCGGUGAUAAACCUUACGUCUGUGAGGUUUGCCAUAAAGGGUUCGCCCAGUCAUGCAAUUUGGUCAAUCACGUGAGGAUACAUACGGGGGAAAGACCGUUCAAAUGUCCUCAUUGUGACAGGGCGUUUACCCAAUCGGGGAAUCUUAAUAAUCAUAUAAGACUUCAUACAGAUGAGAAGCCGUUCAAGUGUCAUUUUUGCGAUAAAGCGUUCGUCCAAUCCGGAAAUCUUAAUUCUCAUAUAAGAAAUAAUCAUAAGUUUGUUGAUGAUGGCGCGAAUGAUUCUGUUAGUGAAAAAGUAGAAGAAUAUAAAUGCUAGCUUAGGUUUAAAGAUGAUGACUUGAUUAAAGAAGAAACGGAAUGAACUAAAUGGUAAUAUUUGGGGUUUACUCAUGUGGGUUAAAAUGUUAUUCUUUUUCGGCUUUUUCGAAAACAACAUGGUUUGUUGAUAACUGAGGUUGCGUAAAUGACCUGAGAAAAAAUUAUAAUUUUAAUAAUUAUCUUUUUUGGGACUUGACAAACAAAAAUUAUCUCUGUGAUUGCUUCACUUUUUUUGUUUUUGAUUUUUAUUUCAGUUAUUAUUAGCAGAUGAGUAAUUUUAUUAUUUAAUCUUUAGGACUUUUCAGGGAAAAAAUAUUGUUAAUUGAUAAAAAUUGUUUUCGUAGACAUUCUAGGUGUGAAAGCCGUCAAUAACACAUAUUAUUCUUAUGACCCACCUUUAUACAGAGUGUUUCAAUAUGAUAUUCCUAUGUGCAAAAGUUCUAUUUGUGACGAGUAGUUCAAGGUGACUGUUAAAGGCACCAUUUUUUAUUUAUUCAUAGAGGUGUAUUAUGGGCAAUAUUACACUAUUAUUUCAAGGAAAUAUAAUUUACUUGGACAAACAUACUGUGUUUAUGAAUACCUCUAUAACAUAAAACUAUUAGUUUAUUUUAUUCACUGACAUUUAUAGACUGUAAAAUAGAUAGAUAUUUUUAAUAAAUAUUAAAAAAUUACAAAAAAAAAUCAUAUAAAUGGAUAAGUGUAAAUCUAUAAUUAGUAACACUUAAGAUUAAUCCGUUACUAUGUUUCUGGGUAAAAAUUUUUUUUUACAACAAACAUGUCAGCUUAAUUAUUUAAUUGAAUUCUACCAGUUGUGAAGAAAAUUAUUGUAGACUUAAUACUUUUAUUUGUAGAGUGCAUUAUGGCUAAUUUUUACGUACUAAAUUGCAAUAAUUCUAAAAAAUCUAGUCAAAACAUUGGAGCCAUAUUUUUUUAAUUUUGUUUUUGGAUGUAGCCAAAAGCAGCACGCUAAUAAUUGAAACAUUCUGUAAUAACAUCAUUAGGUGCUAUAAAGUUUCCUAUACAGAUUUGCCAUAUUUCUGCUCAAAAAGAGUUAACGCAACUGUUUUAAUAAUAAAGAUAUUUAGUCAAGUCACUAUCACGUAAUACUCAUUGCUUUCAUGAUAUUCGUAUUUUUGUAGUUACUCUAUAUUAUCAUUUUUUAUACUAUAUUAUAUACUUACAUAAAUUUAUACUUAUAAGACUUAGUUUUUACAACAAAGUCUGUAAAUUGUCGGAUUGUUUUAGUGAUUUUAAAAGACUAAUUGGAUGAGACUGUAAGUUUGCAUAGUAUGUCGCUGAUAAUUAUUAGUGCAGAAUGAAAACACGCGACAGCUUCCAGCAAGGAGAGGAUUUUGAAAAGGAGAAAAAUACGCUUAGGACUGGCACAAACUAUGCAAGUUUUUUUAGACUAUCGUGCAAUAACUAGAGAU